AAGUGGAACCCUAAAGGAGGUUUUAUAUGGGGAAUCCAAAAUCUUUGCGGUUUGCCCUUUCGGUUUCUCUCUCCAGUUGCAGUGACUCGCACAGCGGCGGACGGGAGACGCCAUGACGCUGGUUGCAGGUUCAUACGAAAAAUUUAUAUGGGGAUACCAACUCAAAACCCUAGACUCUCCAACCCUAAAGCCCCUCUUCUCCUACCCAUCUCACCUCACUACCAUCAAGUGCGUUGCCGUCUCCGGCCCUGUUGCCGUCUCUGGCGGAGCCGAUGAUACAAUCAAAAUCUACGACCUCUCGACGUCUUCCGAAGUUGGAUCCCUCUUGGACCACAAAGGCGCCGUCACUGCCCUCUCCUUCUAUACCCCUCCUUCCCUCUCCUUCCCUCGCAAUCUCCUUAGUGGCUCCGAAGAUGGCACCGUCUGCAUCUACGACGCUGACCCCUUUAUUCACCUCAAGACCGUGACUGCUCAUAAGAGAGGUGUUAAUGAUCUAACCAUACAUUUGUCGGGGAAGUUGGCGUUGACGGUGGGUAGAGAUUCGAGCUUUGCGAUGUUGAAUCUUGUGAGAGGGAAGCGGAGCUUUCAUUGUAGAUUGGAUGAGGAGGCGUCGAUUGUGAAGUUCGAUUGCGAAGGGGGGAAGUUCUUUAUGGUGUCUGAGGAGAAGGUAUCGAUGCAUGAGUCGAUCGACGCGAAGCUGGUCCUUGAGAUGCAGAAUCAAAAGAGGGUCCUUUGUGUUGCCCCAGCCACGAAUGGGCUCUUAUUUUCGGGUGGAGAGGACCGAAAUAUAACUGCAUGGGACACAACAAGUGGAAAGGUUGCAUAUUGUAUUGAGAAUGCACAUUCAACCCGUGUGAAAGGAAUUGUUGUUCUCACCAGGAGUAGUGGCAGUGAUGAUUCAAAUAACCCCUUCUUAGUAGCAUCCGCAUCAUCUGAUGGGGUCAUACGGGUAUGGGAUGUACGCAUGGCCAAGAAGGAGAAACCAAAUCCACUAGUAGAGGCCAACACAAAAUCAAGGCUAACAUGUCUUGCUGGAACUUCUAUUAAAUCUCUAAGAAAACCACAGAUUGGAAAAGUGCUACAAAUGAAGAUGAAGAUGAAUAAGGACUUGUAGUUUUUGCGAAAUACCAAGUCAGGAAAUUGUCCAAAAACAACAUUUGAAGAUGUAGCUGAAUCUCUCCAUUAAUGUUAAAAUGCUCUCGCUCACAUAUCCAUUCAAUGCCGAUGUUUUUCAUGGCAUUGUUGAGAAAUGUUUGUUAGGAGAAACGAGCUAGAAUUUCAUCACUUAAAUAGUGGUUUUAAUUGUUCUAUCUUAUGUUAAAAGGUUUUAGUUGAUCCAUCAAUUCAGUUGUGAUAUAUCAAACAUUCAAAGAGGGAUAUCGUCAAUAUUGUAGACAGUUUUGUUCCCCAAUUCAAUUUUGGCAUAUGAAUGAUUUUAAGUAUCACA